UUUGCUCCAGAGCAGAUAGACUCUGCCGUAUCAUGUCGUCUUAGUUUAGGCUCCUCGGACACUAUCCACCACAUUAAACAUGUUAUUUCAGUGUAAAUCCGGCCGCUGCUCGCCUCUGAAGCUGGCCCUGUGGCUAGUGGCGACUCUGGGGUGUUUGUGUGUCCGGUCCGGAGCGGCGGAGGACGGCAGCAGCAGCAGCAGCAGCCCCCCCUGGUACCAGGACCUCUGCAGUUUUAAAUGGGAGGCCAUAGACCGGGAUAAUAACGUGAGCUACACGUUAAAGCUGUGUGAGUCCUCGCCAUCAACCAUCUGCGGCUCCGCCACCGCUGUCUGCGCCCGGGACAUCAUCACCAACACACACCAGUCUGUCGGUGAGCUGUCCCUGCAGAGGCUCUCUGGCACCGUGCUGGAUUACAACAACACACAGAAAUGUCCAGGAAGCGACAACAACAUUCAGACCAGCAUCAGCUUCCAGUGUGGGAAAACCAUGGGGACCCCGGAGUUCGUGGCCGUGUCUCAGUGUGUGCAUUACUUUGAGUGGAGGACCUUCAGCGCCUGCAAGAAAGAUAAAUUCAAACCGCACAAAGAGGUUCCCUGCUACGCGUUUGACUCUGACGGGAAGAAACACGACCUGAACCCUCUGAUCAAAGCCAAAGACGGAUAUCUGGUGGACGACGGAGACGACACCAUCGACUUCUACAUCAACAUCUGCCGCAGCCUCAACCAGCAGGAGAAAGCGUGUGUGGAGGGCUCAGCAGCCUGUCUGGUCACCAGUCAGGGCUCCUACAGUAUGGGCUCUCCCUCCACACAGCUGGAGCUGCUCUCCCACGACAGACUGAGGCUACAGUACGAGCUGAGCGCCGGCUCGUCUCGUCCAGAAAUCUGUGGCGAUCACGAUCCUCAUGUCAUCAUCACCUUCAUCUGUCCAUCCAGCAGACAUUCAGGCAGCCCUCCGAAGAUGAUCGCCGGGUCCAACUGUCGUUACGAGGUGGAGUGGGUGACGGAGUACGCGUGUCACAGAGAUUAUCUGGAGAGCAACAACUGCAAACUGACCAGCGAACAGCACGACAUCUCCAUCGACCUCACACCGCUCACCCUCACCUCUGCUGACCAUCCGUACUACGCUCACUCUGGAGCCGCUGACGGAGGCGACAGCUACAACUACUACCUGAACGUGUGUGGAGAGAUCCCCACUAAGGAGUGUGGGGACAGCCCCUAUAUAUCAGCCUGCCAGGUGAAGACCACCGGAGAGGUGAAGAAGGUGGCUGGAAGAUAUCAGAACCAGACGCUACGUUAUUCAGACGGAGAUCUGACUCUGAUCUACCCGGACGGCUCCAGAUGCUCCACCGGCUUCCAGAGGAUGACCAUCAUCAACUUUGAGUGCAACAAGACUGCAUCCAACGGGGGGCGAGGGGUUCCAGUUUUUGCCGGUGAGACAGACUGCACGUAUUACUUCGACUGGGACACGGCGUUCGCCUGCGUCAAGGAGAAGGAGGACCUGCUGUGUCGAGUCAGAGACGGCAACAAACACUACGACCUCUCACCCCUCACCAGAUACCCCGGCUCAGACAGCGGAGGGAACUGGGAGGUGGUGGAUACUAAAUCCUCAAAGCAGGACUCUCGUUUCUACCUGAACGUCUGUCACAAAGUCCUCCAGACGGGAGGAGCAGCCGGCUGCCCGCUCAACGCCUCCAUCUGUGCCGUCGUCUCAGAUAAGCACAUCAGUCUGGGCGGCUUCCUCUCGUCUCCCCAGAAGACUAAAAUAGGAAAUGACAUCCGACUGGUUUACACUGAUGGAAGUUACUGCGUCGAUAAGAAGACCAGGAUCCAAACCAGUCUGACCCUUAAGUGCAAAACAGGAGAUCUGGAGACGUCUCCCGUCCUCCGCAGCGUCUCCUCUGACGGUUGUGUGUACGAGUUGGAGUGGUACACCGCCGCAGCCUGCGUCCUCUCAAAGACUCAGGGAGACGACUGCAAAGUGGAGGACCCUCAGGCUGGCUUCUCCUUCGACUUGUCUCCUCUCUCCAAAGCCGACGGCGGCUUCUACAACCUGACCAGCGGCAGCUACGACUACUACAUCAACGUCUGCGGCCCCGUCAAGGCCGCCAGCUGCCCCGCGACGGCCGGAGCGUGCCAGGUGGAAACCAGUUCUUGGAGUCUCGGGGAGGCGAACUCCCGCCUGUCGUACUACGACGGCCUGAUCCAGCUGAACUACAGUCAUGGCUCCCAGUACAACAACAAGGAGCACACGCUCCGAUCCACUCUCAUCUCCUUCCUCUGUGACCCCGGGGCCGGGGCCGGAAAACCAGAAUUCCAGGUGGAGGACAAGUACACCUAUAACUUCCGCUGGUACACGUCCUACGCGUGUCCAGAAAGGCCUCACGAGUGUCUGGUGACGGAUCCCGACACUCUGGAGCAGUACGACUUAUCCAGUUUGUCUCGCUCUGGCAGUAACUGGCAGGCCAUGGACCUGUCGGACACGGGGAACCUGAAGAAGUACUACAUCAACAUAUGUCGGCCCAUCUCCGCCGUGCCGGGCUGCGACCGCCACGCCUCCGUCUGCCAGAUGAAAUACGUCACAGAGCAGGGUUCUCCUAAGGAGGUGGUGUCUGUCAGUAACAUGGGGAUCUCCCAGGGAGGGCCGAUCAUCGAGGGCCGCGACCGGCUGCUGCUGGAGUUCACAGACGGCUCCGUGUGCAUGUCGGACGGCCAGAAGGAGACCUACACCACACGCAUCCACCUGGUCUGCUCCAGAGGCAGCGUGGCGACCGGCCUCCGGUUCCUGAUGUUCCAGAACUGCACCGCCAACUUCAUGUGGGAGACGAGAGCAGCCUGCGCCAUCAAAACCACCCAGAACAACAGUUGUUCUGUCGUCGACCCCAACACCCACUUUGAGUUCAACCUCCAGCUGUUGGCCACUAAGACCGGAUACAAGACAACCGCUAACGGCAAAGACUUCCUGGUGAACAUCUGCUCAGACGUGCCUCAGUGUGGGAAGGGCAUGGCGGGCUGUGAGCUGGAGGACGGGCGUCCCGUCAGCCCGGUGGGCGUGGAGAAGACGCUGCAGUACUCCACCGACGGACACCUGUCACUCACGUAUAAAGGCCCGCUGGAUGGUCCCACAGCAACUCGGGACACCUUCAGCAUCGACUUCGUGUGUGAUCCUAACUCUCACCCCGGCUCCUUGAAGCUGAAGCGAGAAGACCUGAGCACUUUACCGCACCACGUGGUCCACAACGCCAUCUUUGAGUUCUCCACCGCUCUGGCCUGCAUCCCCGCUCCGGUCGACUGCCAGAUCAUCGAUUCCCAUGGCAACGAGUACGACCUGAGUCACCUGAUGCGGGACCGAGAGGACAGUCCCUGGAUCCCCAUAGACUCAGAAGAGGGAAAAUCACGGCGCUUUUACAUCAACGUCUGCAGACCUCUGCCUCCUCUGGAUGACUGCCCCGUGGGUCCUCUGGGUUCCUGCGGUCUGAUCGAUGGGAAGAGUUACAACCUGGGCUACGUCCAGUCCAGCCCGCAGGCGGCCGAGGACGGCUCCAUCAGCAUCGUCUACCAGAACGGAGACCCGUGUGGUUCCUCCAGAUACUCAACACGCAUCAUCUUCCAGUGUGACGACAACCCUGGCUCCCCCAUGUUUGACCGUAAAGACGGCUGUGAAUACGUCUUCAUCUGGAGGACGUCUGAGGCCUGCAGCAUCAGGAAGGCUCAAGGUGACGACUGCCGUGUCCGGGACCCGAAGAGCGGCUACGAGUUCAACCUGAGCUCCCUGAAGGGCCAGGACUACCCCGUCCGCAGCGGGAACUACAUCUACCACCUGUCGGUGUGCGGCGGGCUGCAGAGAGGCGUCUGCACCCACAAAGACACAGGCAGCGAGUCCGUCUCCUCCUGCCAGGUGGACGGAGACAAAAACCACAAGAUAGCAGGAAUGGCGAGCCAGGUUCUGAAUUAUGUGGGAGACCAGCUCAUCCUGAACUACACGGAUGGAGAAACCUGCCACAGGAUUUACAAAAGAUCCACUGAGAUCUACUUCUCCUGCCACCCCGACAGGCACCCUGGAACACCAGAGUUCAUCAGGGAGACUCCAGACUGCACCUACCUCUUCAUGUGGCCCACCGCUCUGGCCUGCAUCCCCGUCAAAACCACCAGCUGCUCCUACAAUGACGGUCAGGGCCACUCCUACGACCUCUCCUCUCUGGGGAUGGAGGCUAGAAACUGGGAGGUGGAGCCUUCUACGGUGCACACCGAGAGUCGCUUCUACAUCAACGUCUGCAGGUCGCUGGUGCAGCAGGGAGGUUCGUGGCAGUGUCCCUCCAGUGCUGCGGCCUGUGUGAAGGUUGGAGACAGCUACAUGAGUCUGGGCCAGGUGGAGUCCGGUCCCACGUGGGACCGAGGCGUCCUGAAGCUGCAGUACAGCAGCGGCCAUCUUUGUCCCGACCGCAACCGCAACAGGAGCAGCAUCAUCCACUUCAAGUGUGACAAAGACAAAGUGGACUCCCGGCCCACUCUGAUCACUGUCAUGGAGGAGUGUGUGUACACCUUCUUCUGGUUAACAGCUGCUGCCUGCCCCCUCAACACCACACAGCACGACAACUGCAUGGUCACCAACCCUGCUACAGGUCAUUUGUUUGAUCUGAACACGCUGACAAAGGAAGGCAGUUACACCGUGUACGACCACCAGGAACACAGGAAGAUGUUCCGCAUGAACAUCUGCGGCAGCGUCACCAACUCUGGAUGCAGCCCUGAAACCGCUGUGUGCAUUAAGGAUACCACCACUGCAGUGAGCGCUGGUCAGGUCAGCAAGAAACUCUCGUACAAGGAUCACGUUCUGGAGCUGACGUAUGAAGGAGGAAGUCCCUGUGUAGCAAACCCCGACCUCAGACACAACACCGUCAUCCACUUCAUCUGCAGGCCUCCUAACAUGGGCUCGGCCCCUGCAGAGCCGGUUCUCAUUGACACCAACGAAGAGACUUGCACACACUUCUUCUCCUUCCACACACCGCUGGUCUGUGAAGAGACAGUGACGUGUUCAGUCCAGAACGGCUCGACUCUGAUAGACCUGACUCCUCUCAUUCACGUCAGUGGAUACUACACAGCUAUAGACGACACGAUAGAUCAAAAUGACGGAUCUCCAGACUUCUACAUCAACGUGUGUCAGCCUCUGAACCCGAUCCCCGGGGUCUCCUGCCCCCCUGGAGCUGCUGUCUGUGUGGACCCUGAUGACGGACCGCCUGUGGACAUCGGGCGGACCACCAGCGGUCCUGAGAUCAACUUUGCAACAGGGGAAGUAAACAUCACUUAUCACAGCUCCACGCCAUGCAAAGCUGAUCCUUCACAGAACUACAACUCCACCAUCAUCUUCACCUGCAGGAGAGGCCUGGAGCUGGGCUCUCCACAGAUGCUGAGCCUGCAGAAAUGUGUGUAUUUGUUUGAGUGGGCGACCCCGAUCGUCUGUUCAGACGCUUCGCUCACCAGCGGCUGCAAGCUCACCGACUCCCAGCUCCAGUUCACCUUCGACCUGUCCAGCCUCUCCGGGGAAGUCCAGGUAAAAACCAGCUCCAGCAGCUACAACAUCAACGUGUGCGGCUCGGUGGCAGAGCCGGCCUGUAAGAAGAGCGCAGUCUGCCAGGUGUCUGGUUCUGGUUCUGGUUCUGGUUCUGGUUCUGCCUUGUCAUACGGUAUCAGCAGCGCCAUGACGAUGGAGUUCAAACACGACGAGGAGGCCGUGCUGAUGCAGUACGGAGGGGGAGAUCUCUGCCCGCCAGUGACAAAUGAGGGCGAGGUGUGUGUGUUCCCCUUCACCUUCAUGGGGAAGUCGUACUCAGAGUGCACCAAGGAGGGACGCACAGACGGCAAGCCGUGGUGCUCCACCACCGCCAACUACGACACGGACAAGAAGUGGGGAUUCUGCAACGGAGGCACCGCUAAGCGUCAGUCCUCCAUCCUGUUCAGCUGCGACCAGGCAGCGGGCCACGGCUCCCCUCAGCUGCUGUCGGAGACGGACAGCUGCUCCGCCACCUUCCAGUGGAAAACCAGCGCCGUCUGUCCCCCGAUGAAGAUGCAGUGUGAGCUGGUCAGCCAGCACAAGACCUUCGACCUCCGCAGCCUCUCCUCCCUCACUGAACCCUGGAAGUUCAGCCACAAAGGAUACGCAUAUUACAUCAACCUGUGUCAGAGCGUCCAUGGAGGGUUACCAGGAUGUCCAGAGGGAGCGACUGUGUGCCGACACCAUGCAGGAGGGACUCAGACCCUGGGACGGGUUUACACCCAGAAAAUGAGCUACGAUGACGGGAAGAUCUCGGUGAGUUACUCGUCGGGAGAAGCCGUGUGUGGUAACGGCGUGAAGGCCAAGACGGUGAUCCAGCUGAGCUGCAGCUCCACUGUGGGACACCCGGCUCUCCUCAGCGUGAACGAUGAGACGUGUGAGUUCCUGAUUGGCUGGGAGACUCGUUCAGCUUGUGUGGUGAAGCCGCAUGAGGGCGAGAUGGUGAACGGGACGCUGCAGGUCCCCGACACGGGAGCCAGCCUCAGUCUGGGAGCGCUCUACUUCAGCCACCACCAGGCGUCUGGAGACAUCCGUCCCAACGGCGACCACUACAUCUACCACAUCCAGCUGUCGGGCAUCACCAACAGCUCGCUGCCGUCCUGCGUCGGCGCCAACAUCUGUCAGGUCAAACUCAACGGGCCCGUCAGACGCAAGAUCGGCUUCUCCAGCAACGCCAAGUACACCGUUAAAGGAGGAAACCUGGACGUGAACGUGUCGUCUGUGUCCAAGUGUGGCCGCGAGAAGUCAAAGAAUGUGUCGUCCUACAUCACGUUCCUCUGCAACCCGGCAGCCGGCGUCGGCAUCCCCGAGUUCAUGAUGGAGACGGACGAAUGCCAGUACCUGUUCCGCUGGUACACCACCGCCGUCUGCGGCCUCACAACUAUUGAUGCAAAGACGAAUGAUGGCUCAGACGACGGAGGAGAUAAUCCGGCUCUGGCUCGGCGGAGCCAGGCGCUGGGCGUGAUGCUCAGCCUGCUGCUGGUGGGCGGGGCUGCCUGUCUGCUGGGGCUGCUGCUGCACAAGAGAGAGAGGAGAGAGCUGGUGAUCCAGAAGGUCGCCGGCUGCUGCAGGAGAGGAAACCAAGUCUCCUAUAAAUACUCCAAGGUCAACAUGGACGAGGAAGGCGGCGAAGAGGAGAUGGAGUGGCUGAUGGAGGAGCUCGAGGCUCCUCCCACCUCCUCCUCCUCCUCCUCCCACCGGGGGAGGAAAAACCACGGCAACGGUCACAUCACGACCAAGCCGGUGAACACGGACGGCCUGCGCUCGUUCUCGCUGGACGAGCAGGACGACGACGACAGCGAGGACGAGGUGCUCAGCGUGCCGGGCGUGCGGGUCGUCAAGUCCUCCGGACUCUCCCGGCAAUCUGUGGCGCACCGCAGCCCCUUCCUCCAGGAGGAGAGCGACGAAGACCUGGUGGGCCUCCUGGAUGAGUCGGACAGGAAGAGGAAGAGCAGCAAACCUCGCCCCUCAGGCCUUAACCACGGUAACAACACGGCAGCCAACAGGAAACGGGACGAGGACGACAGUGACGAGGACCUCCUCAGGGUGUGAUGUCACUUCCUGCCUCCUGCUGCCCCUCCACAACCAAUCUGAACUCUUCUCUCUCAGUGAAUGUCUCAAUAACAGCAACAACAACAUAAUGAAAGCAGAAACCGACCCUUCUCUUUUCGGGAAAUUUUUUUUUUCUUCUUCUUUUUUUUAAUUUUUUAUUGGUUGGACUGCACCUUUUUCUCGGCCUCAGACUCUAUCCAGUCCACUGUCUACAGACUGUCACAUGGUUUCUUAUUUAUUGAUAGCUGAUUAUUUAAAGUGUUCUGCAGGACGUUUUUUUAACCUGCAUCCUUUUUUCUCAUAUUUUAUGACAUGAAAUAAUAACCUGCUUCACUCUAGUUAUUUCAGGCCUUGCCAGAGUUAUCUAAUAUACAGUCGUGGAAAAAAAUAUAAGACCAUUGUUUUCUUCAAUUUCUUGUUCAUUUUAAUGCCUGAUACAACUAAAGGUACAUUUGUUUGGACAAAUAUAAUGAUAACAACAACAAUAGCUCAUAAGAGUUUAAUUUAAGAGAUGAUAUCUAGACAUUUACCAUGGUUUUCUUGAUAAUAACCAAAAUCAUUAUCAAGAAAACCAUGGAAAAUGGUUACAUAUGUACCCUGAGUUGUACCAGACAUUAAAAUGAACAAGGAAUUGAAGAAAACAAGGGUAGUUUAAUCAUUUUUUCCAUGACUGUAGACUCAUAACUAUAUAUACAUACAUAUAUAUAUAUAUAUAUAUAUAUAUAUAUAUACACAUACAUAUACAUA